AUGUUUUGUUUUAAUAUUUUACCCGAGGACUGUUCCGAGACCACAAUAUUUGCGACGUUACUGUUGGCAUUUCAAUCACUUGGCAUAGUUUAUGGUGAUAUUGGCACAUCCCCACUGUAUGUGUUCUCUGGUAUCUUUGAUACACCUCCAACGGACUCACGUGAUGUAAUUGGAAUUCUUUCCCUUAUUAUAUGGUCAAUAACAAUUGUUCCAUUGGUUAAAUACGUGUUGAUUGUUAUUAAGGCGGACGAUAACGGAGAAGGUGGAACAUUAGCUCUUUAUUCUUUAUUGGCACGUCAUUCUGGUCUUGUAAUUCACGGAGAAACAAGAAAGGAUGAUUUAACUAUUGGAAAUUAUGAUGCGGUCUCUAUAUCCAGCAAUAAAGAUAAACCAAACUUUAUCAAGAGAAGCAAAAAAGUUCAAAUAGUUUUGCUGAUUCUAGUCAUGUUGGGCGCCUCAUUAGUGUUAGGUGAUGGCUUGCUCACACCUGCCAUAUCAGUCAUUUCCGCGGUCGAAGGAAUGGAAGUUCAAGCACCUAAUUUGGAAAAAGCUGUGGUUCCGCUAUCCUGUGUUAUUAUAGUGUUACUUUUCAUGGGACAACAAUAUGGCACAGAUAAAGUAAGCAAAUGCUUUGCACCAAUAAUCUUUCUUUGGCUGGUAUCUAUUGCUUUGAUCGGUAUCUGGAAUAUCACCGUACAUCCGCGAGUAAUGAGAGCAUAUAACCCUUAUUACAUGUUUGAUUAUUUUACUCGCAAUGGCCAUCGAGGCUUUGAAGUGCUUGGCGGAGUUUUACUUGCGCUCACCGGAGUUGAAGCACUUUAUGCAGACAUAGGACACUUUAAUAGACGCGCUAUCGAGUUGUCGUUUACUCCAAUGGUUUAUCCGCCUUUGGUGCUUGUGUAUAUGGGUCAAGCCGCGAGAAUUAUUGAUGAUCCAACCGUUGUCUCAAAUACAUUUUGGCUCACUAUUCCUCAAACAGGGUUCAUCUAUUGGUUCAUUUUUAUUCUUGCAAUUCUUGCUACUAUUAUUGCAUCUCAAUCAUUGAUCUCUGCUACAUUUACGGUAACUCAUCAAGCAAUGCGACUGGACUGUUUUCCGAAAGUAAAGGUUGUUCAUACAUCUAGUCAUCAUCGAGGACAAAUUUAUAUUCCAGAGACAAACUUAACAACUGCAUUUGGUGUCGCUGUCGCGUCUGUCAUGCUUAUCACUACAUUUUUACUUACGAUUGUGAUUCAUGCCGUCUGGAAAUUUCACAAAGUUUUUUCUAUCGCCUUUUUAUCGAUUUUCGCGUUAAUUGAUGGCGCAUUUUUAAGCUCUACAUUGCAAAAAAUACCAGACGGUGGUUGGUUUACCUUAGCUUUUGCGUUGGUUGUCGCGAGUGUAAUGGGCAUCUGGAAAUGGGGUACAACUCUUCGAGUGGAAUACGAAUUGAAAAAUAAAAUAAAACUUGAUGAUUUAUUUAUGGAUGAUGAGUACUCGGGAACGACGUCGUCGGAAAAUGAAAAUAAUUCUUCUGCAAGCAACAAAAUCAGCAACGUCAAUCUUCAAGAUGAAGCAAUCACAUCUACCGUAAUCACAUCUACAACAAUCACGAUACGGCAGUCUCAAAGAAAACAACUGCGAUUAUUAGGAAGUGGAUUAGAAGUACAACGAUUGCCCGGAAUCGGCCUUUUUUAUCAAGAUUCAGGCCUGGGCGUCCCAUUGACAUUUAGUCACUUUAUUCAGCAUCUUCCAGCUGUUCCGGAAACACUAAUCUUUAUCUCAAUACGACCGGUCGCCGUACCAUAUGUUGGUGAAGAAGAUCGACUAGUAGUACGCAAAGUCAGGCAGUAUGCCGGAAUUUACAAAGUUAUCGCAAGAUAUGGAUACAUGGAACCUAUCUCCCAAUCACACGACUUUAUUCGAAACCUAAUAGAAGUUAUUCGUACUAUUGAUCCUGAACAAAAUUCGUUAAAACCGGAAGCGAAGCCUGAAGAUCAAGCUAUCACUUAUGUUCUUAGUCGGCAGAAGAUCGUCCCUGGCGCUAGCAAUUGGAUGAGAGAAAUGGCGUUACGGUUUUUCGUGUUUUUGAUCAAUAAUUCUAGAGAGCCACAUAGUAAUUGGAAGAUUCCUUCGGAAGAUAAUAUUGAUGUCGGAAUGGCUAUACCUUUGUAA